AUGAGAAAAAUAUCAGCACUUGUACUUUCAUUAUCAGCUAUUUGCGCUAUAAACCUAGCUCAAUAUCAAGCCAAAGAAUAAAGUCUAUUGAACUUUGAUUAGGUAGAGGAGGAAGUUGUUACUACCAAUCUAGCUGAGGUCAGUACUCAAGAAGUUGCUUAAUCAGAAGUAGUUGUUGAGGAGGAAAGCACCAACAGUACCGAAACUUCCAACGAUAGAGUCAGAUCUACCUAUCAAUAUGAACCCACUUCAGACGAUUUUAACUAAAGAGAAGCAGUUUAAUUGAGAAGUUCCAGACGAAGAAGGAGAUUAGACUAUGGCUAUUACUCCUAUACUUAUGGCUUUUUCAAUAGCACUGACAUUGCUUGCAGAAACAUUACUUGCUAAUUCUGCUGCGAUAAGGGUAGUUGCGUAACUGAAGCUCGUUGCCAAGAAAUGAUUUUAAUGAACUAGAUGUCCAAGAACUGGCUCGCUUUAUUAUUUGUCCUCGUUUUCUUCUUUGUUCUCGUAUUCAUACUUAAUCAAUUCAAAAAGAGACAGCACUUGGAAUUCAUGCACAAGAUUCAUCAAGAGAGCUAAGCUAAGGGACAUCAUCAAGAUACACAUGGGCCAAACAAGAUCGAUUGA